GGAAUCCUUUAGGGUCAGUCAAAAAGUGCAAUCAUAAGCAUCACUUCUUUCUUCACGUUCACCACCACAAAAACUCUACCACUCACUCAUUCCCUUCCCCUUAUUACUACUACUCCACCAUAACCUACACUAGCUUUCUAUUCUAUACUAUACUUAUAGCUACCUACACCCCCUUUUUCUUCCUUAUCUCUUUCACAAUGCUUCAGCAACAGAUUAAUAAUAUUGGUAUGGAAAACAACUCUGAACUCUUUCAAUUCCUUGUUGCUAACAACCCUUCAUUUUUUGAAUACUCAACACCUAGUAGCACUAUGAUGCAACAAAGUUUCUGUAGUUCUUCUGAUAACAACAAUAACUAUUACCACCCCUUUGAAGUUUCUGAAAUUACUGAUACACCCUCUCAGCAAGAUAGAGCUCUAGCUGCUUUGAAGAAUCACAAGGAAGCUGAGAAGAGAAGAAGGGAAAGAAUUAACUCUCACCUUGACCAUCUUCGUACUCUUCUCCCUUGCAACUCCAAGACAGACAAGGCUUCACUUCUAGCAAAAGUAGUAGAACGUGUGAAAGAAUUAAAGCAACAAACAUCUCAAAUCACACAACUCGAAACAGUUCCAUCUGAAACCGACGAAAUAACCGUCAUUUCCGCGGGCAGUGACAUCUCCGGUGAAGGCAGACUCAUAUUCAAAGCCUCAUUAUGCUGCGAGGAUCGCUCCGACCUAAUUCCCGACCUAAUUGAAAUCCUCAAGUCUCUUCACCUAAAAACUCUCAAAGCUGAAAUGGCCACACUUGGUGGAAGAACACGUAACGUUCUUGUUGUUGCUGCUGAGAAAGAACAUAAUAGCAUUGAAUCUAUUCAUUUUCUUCAGAAUUCGCUUAGGUCUUUGUUGGAUAGAUCUAGUGGUUGUAACGAUAGGUCGAAAAGGCGUCGAGGGUUGGAUAGAAGAAUGAUGCCUUAACUUAUCUUUACUCAAUGCAGAUUGAUUUGCAGUGACUGAAGAGUGUGAUGAUGACCUCGUUUUCAUUCCCUAUACAAUUAGUACUAGAAGUUUGAUUCUGUGUUCAGUUAUUUUGUAAUAGGAUUUGUUUGCUUUUGUUGGUUUUUCGUUUACAGAGCCUUGGAAGUAACAAGGUUAUCAGUGUCUCAUGUGAUUUUCAAAUAUGACUCUCAUGAAUACGUAAAUUUUCUAUUUUGUAUUAAAA